GCCAGAAAUAACCUACAACAGAUCUAUCUAAUAUUAAUUAUUAUUUAUCGCCAAAUUGAUUGGAUCAAUAAUCUAACCAUAAAAUCGCAACUGAAAAAGAUUAAAGACAAAUUUUACAGCGAACGAAUAUAUAAUUGUAAUCGAAUAUCAUUUCAAAGAUUAAUUCUUCAUCAGUAAACUGUUGAUAAACCGCAAUUGGAAUACAAACAAGAAAAAAAUCGCGUAUGUGAUGGUGAGGUACAAAGGAUUGAUUAAUGAACCGGAGAAAAAAAAACAAACCGCAAUUACAUCAGAGACUACGAUGUUUGGGGUAGGCGCCAUUUACGUGAUACCACUACACCCGGCUCGUCAUCGCGAGAGCAUGUUAAUUAAAUCGAGAUUGUAAUCGAGCAGCUGGAAUCUUUCCUCGAAACUUUGUAACACUGAUUCCAUUGAAUUCUUCGUGAAUUAUGAGGCUCGAGCCCUGAGUUGGGUGUCCCGGAUAUGACAGUCAUCAGCGAUAUCGACGAAACGGGAAUCAAUCGAAACCUUCAAGUUCGAUAUGGAAGGGAUCAAAUAUAUACGUAUACCGGAUCCAUAUUGGUGGCUGUGAACCCCUACAAAGAAGUGGACUUCUACACGAACGAAUACGUGAAUCGAUACCAUGGCCAAAAAAUGGGCUCGUUGGAGCCACAUGUAUUUGCAUUGGCGGAGGCGGCGUAUAGGUCACUUCAAGAUACAGAGAGCAAUCAAUCCUGUGUGAUAUCGGGAGAAAGUGGCGCAGGCAAAACGGAAACCACAAAAUUCAUCUUACAGUAUCUUUGCUCGGUGACCAGUAAUGUCGAUACGUGGGUGGAACAACAAAUUUUGGAAGCGAAUACCAUCCUCGAAGCUUUCGGAAACGCAAAGACAGUGAGGAAUGAUAAUAGCUCUCGGUUUGGCAAGUUUAUGCAAGUAUGCUUCGACAGCAAAUGGAUGAUCAAGGGAUGCAUCAUUCAAGAUUAUUUACUCGAACAGAGUCGCAUAACAUUUCAAAGCGCCGGCGAGAGAAAUUACCACGUGUUCUAUCAGCUGGUCGAGGCUGGGACUAGGGAUAAGGAAUUCGCCGAACAAUAUAAACUGAUGCCAGCCAGUCAUUACAAAUAUUUGAAUCAGUCUGGCUGCGUGAAAAUCGAUGGAAUCUCUGACUGCAAGAAACUGGAUGCUCUUAGGCUUGCAUUUAACGUACUACAGGUCGCGCCAGAAAUGUGCGAGGGUAUUUUCAGAGUCCUGUCUGCCAUUCUUUGGCUCGGAAAUUUAAACUUUGAAGACGUGGAUGGUGAGAGAUGCGAGCUAACUAAAGAAGACCUUGACAUCGUUGGUACAGUUGCACCUUUGCUCGGACUUCAGGUUGAAGAUCUCACCAAGGUGGUUUUGAUACGACAGAUAAACGUCCGAGGAAAUAUCACUGAGAUACCAUUGAAGGUUCAAGAAGCCCGUGAAAAUAGACACGCUAUGGCGAAAGCAUUAUACUCGAGAACAUUUGCCUGGUUAAUCAAUCAUAUAAAUAAUUGUACAAACCCUGGUCAGGAUAGCUCAAGGUUUCUUGGUGUUUUGGAUAUAUUUGGCUUUGAAAACUUUGCCAUAAACAGUUUCGAGCAACUCUGUAUUAAUUAUACGAAUGAGAAGCUGCACAAGUUUUUCAAUCACUACGUGUUCGCGCUGGAACAGGAACUAUACCGACAGGAAGAGAUCCAAUACUCCCAUAUCACCUUCACGGACAACACCAUGUGCCUGGAAUUAAUCGAGAAACCUCCACGAUGUGUUCUUAAAUUACUAACCGAACAGUGCCAUAUGCCGAAAGGUUCAGACCUAGCUUAUUUGACCAAUUUGCAUGCAGAAUUCGAGAACCAUCCGUGUUAUGUGAAAGGAGAUGAUCGACGAAAAUGGGAAAAAGAAUUUGGAGUAAAACAUUACGCAGGUUGCGUAACGUAUACAGUCGAAGGAUUUGUGGAUAAAAAUCGAGAUGUACAACAAGAUGUGUUCUUCGAUUUCAUGUCUAGAAGUACAAAUGAAUUUGUGCAAGAAAUUACAGUUUAUCAAGAUCUCUUGGGAUGUACAGUAGCCCGUGCAAGCGGUGGAAAUGCGACUACUAUGUCUCGUGGAACUUCGAAAGGCAAACCAACGCUUUGCGAUUCCUUCAGACAUCAGUUGCAAGCUUUGGUCGAUGUUCUUCAAGCUACUAUACCCUGGUAUGCCAGAUGUAUCAAACCUAAUAUGCAAAAAAUUGCAAAUCAUUAUGAUGAAAAGUUGGUUCUGGACCAGUUGAAAUAUUUAGGCAUGUUGGAUAUUAUUAGAAUCAGGAAAGAAGGUUUUCCUAUACAUAUGCCUUUCCAUGACUUUAUAGCAAGAUAUCGUUGUCUGGAAAAAGGACGUAUGUCGCGUACUUAUAAUGAAAAAGAAUCUGUUAGAUCCUUGAUUAGUAGUCAAGGUAUACCAGAGACCGAAUGGCAAAUAGGCAAGACCAAAGUAUUUUUAAGAAGUUAUGUACACGAACCUUUGGAAGAUUGUAGAAAUCAAAUGGUUACUAGUAAUGCAAUAAUGAUUCAAAAAAUAUGGAGAGGUUAUAGAGUUCGACGCGAAUAUAAACGCAUAAGAGAUGCUGCAUUGAAAGUGCAACAUGCAUACCGAGGCUGGAAAUUAAGAAUAAUGUUUAUUAGAAAACGAAGAGCAGCUAUUGUGAUACAAAGUCAUUUGCGUGGUGUAUUUGCAAGAGAAGUUGCAGCUGCUUUGAGAGAAAUGAGACGAGUAGAUGAAGAAAUGAGGAAAAGAGAGAGAUUGGAAGAGGAGAGAAGAUUAAUGGAAGAUAAGAAAGCUUUGGAAGAAAGUCAAAGCGCGCAGUACAAUGGUAUUGUUGGAAUGGAACCCGGAAAAGCACAAGAAGAAAUUGCUGCAUUGUCGCAAAUGGCGGAGCAAAUGAAUUCUAAAAUGGCUGCAUCAGAUUUACAAUCUGUAGACUUAGACAAUCUAUUUUCAUUCUUGUCUGAUGUACAAUCAUCAAAAGGUAAUCAGAUCAUCGAAGAAAUUGGCGAACAAAUGGACGAAUUGGUGGAAGAUCUUGAUGUAGAAUUAGAAACUGUAAUCCAACAAGAAUUGGAAAUGAAUUCGAAAGCAGAAUCUAAAGCAAAUACUCCAAAUGGACAAGAAGUUACCUCGCCAUUGCAACAACAAUCUCAAAGAAUACCUUGUACAAAUACUGGCAAACUUGGUCAGCCGAGUCUUCCAGAACCUACUGAACCUCCUCCACCUCCACCACCUCCUACUACUUUAACAAUAAAUGGUGAUUCUUCUACUGAUAAUGGAGAGCCAAUUUAUGAGUCUGUGUUACCACGCGAAGAAAAUAGUCCUAGUAGUCCAAUUUUAAUUAAUGGAAAUUCUGGACCAUUGGUUAAUGGUGAAUCGUGCGGUUCACCUCCACCAGUACCAAAUAACAAAAUCAUGAAAGACUCAAUUGCCGGUAGUCCUCCAUCUAGACCAGGAUCUAGAAAUUCAAACAGUCAUCAUUUACAUCAUAAUCAUCACGAACCAAUACCUCAACAACAACAAAAUGGUCAUGAUCAACAACAACAACAAUCACAACAAUCUCAACAACCACCUGUAGAAAGAGAACAGAGACGUAAAUGUAGAGUAGAACGCAAACUUCAAGAAUUGGAAGACAAAAAAGAAUCUGAUAACGAAGUUACUUAUCAUGAUAUUGUAGAGUUUGCACAAAAUUAUUUCAAUAGUCAUGAGCGAUCUCCGGAAGGUACGAUAAUGGCUACACUUACUAGAAAGUCACGUGGCAAGAGUGUAGAAUAUAUUCCCAAAUAUGAAAUGGUUACUUAUUAUAAAGGUUCUACUAUACCAAAUUCUCAUAUUCAUAUGUAUGAUCCUGAUAAUGUUAAUGUGGCUUGUUCAGUCUUUAGAGAUCUUUGUAAGUAUAUAAGAGGAGAAAUGAAACUAGAUCAAGAAAUUGCAACCAUUCAAAGUAUAAUUGGUUACGGUAUUGAACGUGAAGAAUUAAGAGAUGAAAUUUUCGUUCAAUGUAUGAGACAAGCAACUAACAAUCCCAAUCCAGAAUGGGCUGAACGAGUAUGGUUAUUGCUCUGUUUAGCUAUUGUUGCUUUUCAACCUAGUAAACUAUUGUAUAAAUACUUUGUAUCUUUCUUACGAAAGAAUUUGGCUCUUGAAGGCAAACUUCGACAGUAUGUUCAAUGGUGUGUGGAUAAUUGUAAAAAUAUGAAAGUUUCCUGUAGACAACAUCCGCCAUCGACUGUAGAGAUUGCAGCUAUGAGACGAUUAGGCACUAUAGUUUGCCGAUUUUUCUUUUUGGAUGGAAGAACCAAAGCAAUUGAUGUACAUCCGACAGAUACUGCUGCCGAUGCUGUUGCCAAAUUAGGUGAAAAGUUAGGUCUUAGAUCUCUAGAAGGUUGGGCGAUUUAUCAAAGUAGACCAGAUGGAGAGGAACAUGUACGAGCACAUGAUUAUUUGUACGACGUUAUAGCCGCUUGGGAAAUGAAACAAUGCAAACUAAACACAGCACAAUCAACCUUUUCAACGCUUCGUCGUGGAAAUAAUGCUACUUUAGGAAGUGGUGAUAAUCGAUUCGUUUUUAAACGAAGACUUUUCCGAAAUACUCGAGAAAUAUCUCAAGAUCCUGUCGAGGUUAAUAUGUUGUAUGCUCAAGCUGUAUAUAACGUUGUGAAGUGUGACGACUUUCCAGUAUCUGAAAAAGUUGCGCUCCAAUUGGCAGGCUUACAAGCGCAAGUCGCUUUGGGCGAUCCAAAAGAUAACGAUCGAUUAGAUUAUUAUAGUGAAGUUGAUAGUUUUUUGCCUUAUCGAAUUAGUCGAGCCCGUGGCGAUGAUGUUUGGGUGCCAAUAAUAGCGCAGGCACACAGACAGUAUGGUGCCGGUCGCAAAGAAUUGGCGGCCAAGGUGUUAUAUUUAUCUUGUGUAAUGCAAUAUCCUCUCUACGGCACGACUAUGUUCAACGUUACUUAUCGAGGUUAUUGGUCUUAUGGCAAUCAAUUAAUCUUAGGUAUCAAUUGUGACGGAUUGAUGUUGAUUAAACCAGAUGACAAAUUCGUCUUAUCGGAAUAUCGUUAUCAGGAUGUAGAAAGCAUCAUGUUAGAUCCAAGCGAUUCUUUCAUAACAUUGUCUCUUCUUCGACACAAUCCUGAUAGUUCGCAUAAGUGUUUUGUUUUUGAAACACCGCAGAAAAAUGAGAUAGGUAGUUUGAUCGUUAGUUAUUGUCCUGCACUGGCAGGUUGGAUCACGGAAAAUGAGGUUCCUACUAAGAAACUCAAAUGUAUUACUAACGAGGAUCGUAUUAGACUUUAUCAUAAUUUAGUUAAUUGUCGACGAACUUUAGUAGACGCGGAGAUAUUAAGAAAACCUCAAGAUUCUGGUGGAGGAUUUUUGAGAAAUACUUUGCGAAGAUUGUCUAAACACCGAAUAGAAAAACUUAGACAAGAGCAUGGUAGUGCAACUGAUCAUGGUGAAACUUAUAAAGGAUUUCCUUAUGCUUACUGGGCAUUUAGUAGACAAGCUAUACCUCAAAGUCUUUCGAAACUGCCAGAUCCUGAUGAGCAAAUGGGUCUCAGUGUAUUCCAAUUAAUUUUGACUUAUGCUGGAUUAGGGCAAAAUGGAGAUACUGUUCGUAGAGUAGAAGAUGAACAUGUGAAUUUAAUACAAACCGUAAUGGAACGUUGCAUAAGAAAAGAAAAUCUAUUAGGUGAAUUGUAUCUUCAGUUGAUUAAACAAACUACGGAUCAUCCAGAUCCUAAUAGUCGUGUCAAUCUCAGGCAUUGGGCGUUACUUUCUUUGGCCUGUUCAGUUAUCUUACCUCCACAAAAAGUUGUUCGAAAAUAUCUAAUAGCACAUUUGAAACGAUGUGCUAGUGAUUAUGUUACCGAAGAGGGGAAGUACGCCCGAUUUGCUGAAAAGUGCCUUUACAGAACGCAAGGCACAAGAAGAAGACAAUGGCCGCCAAGUAGGGAAGAGAUAAUGUGCACGAUUAAUCGCAGACCUAUUUACGCAAGAUUCCAUUUUAUGGACGGGCAGUAUCAUGCUGUUGAAUUUCAUCCAUCAGCUACUGCUAGAGAUGUGAUGGAGAUUAUCAAAACUAAAAUUGGUUUAGAAGAGACUGCCAUGGGAUAUGCCAUUUAUGAGGUCUUAGGUCCAACUGAACGAGCCCUGAUACCGGAAGAAAAGAUUGCUGAUGUAAUGUCAAAAUGGGAACGUUACAGAACAGCGAAUGCACAACAAAAUCAAACUCAGAGAAAACAUGCACAUCAUUUCUUCUUAUUUAAAAAACAUUUGUUCCUUGAUCAGUAUAUGAAUCUUGAUGAUCCGGUGGAAAAAGAAUUACUUUAUCAUCAAGUAUUGCAUGAUUUACGUGCUGAUCGAUUCCCUAUCACUGAAAAAGAAGCUAUGAUGUUAACAGCGUUACAAGCGCAAUUAGAACUUGGUGAUUGUGAAAAUGCUGUGUCUGAUUACGAUUAUCGUACUAUAUCAAGUCACUGCCUGCCUCCAAGACUGGUUCCAACUUUGUGUAUAGAAGGUGUACUUCAACAUCAUCAAUCAUUACGAGGAAUGACACCACCUGAAGCGAAGAAAGCUUUCUUAAAUUUAAUUCAGUCAUGGCCACUUCACAGAGCUACGAUAUUCGAUGUCAUGCAAUCAUUUACUUCAAACUGGCCACGUGUUUUGUGGUUGGCCGUUGAUCAACAAGGUCUUCAUCUUCUGGAACAUCGUUCCAGGAACACUCUUUGUACCUACGAAUAUAGCAGUAUUUUAAGUUAUAGUCCAGCUGUUAGUUGUUUGAUGAUUAUCACUGGUACUGAUAAGAAGCAAAGCAAAGUUAUUCUUACGACAUCUCAGGCACAUCAAAUUGCGAAUCUAAUUCGUGAAUAUAUGGAUGUCCUUCAAUCACCACCGGAAAUACCAAAAAGAGAAUCGGCGAUAGUUCAACAAAUUACUCAGCAACCGAUUCAACCACCGACAAAUCUUCCGGCUGCUACCGGUAGUCGUAAAUCUCGACCUGCUUCGGUACUACACAGAGGUGCUCCAGUGAUACAAUCACAAGCUAGUUAAAAGAUUAGAUAAUACUUAAAAGAUUAGUAAUAUUUCUCCUCAACCUCGUACUUUAUUCGUUACCUCAUAAGGUAAAUUUUUUUUUUAUUUUAUUUAUAAUAUUAUAUCUAACAUGCAUUUAAUUUAAUGAUAAUUUUAAUUAAUUUUAAUUUAUAUUACUUAUUUUAUUUAUGUUAAAUUUUUUUAUAUACUUUUGAUAUUUUUAUAUUUUAAAUUAAAUUUUUUAUAAAUAUAAUAAUUAAGUAUACAAUAAUUUCAGUAUCAGGUUGCAGCGAGAAAGUAUCUCUGUAAUUAAUAUUUUAUUGGCAAGGCCUAUCAGGCAAUCAGGUCUCAUCGCAAUGAGACGGGUACUAGCCUAGAAAUACUUCUUUCUUCCAAUAUUUAUUCAAUUAGCUUAGAGCUCAAGAGACGUCGAAAGAAAAAUAGCUACUGCCAUUAAAAUAAUAGAGCAUUUAGCAAAUGGAUUGACAAAUAACUGCCAUUUUACGAUUUUAAAAACUAUUA